UUGUAGCGUACACCUGUAUUCCCAGCACUUGGGAGGCUGAGGCAAGACGAUCACCGCAAAUUUGGACUAUAAAGCAAGACCCUGCUCAAAAAAAAAAAAAAAAAAAAAAGUGUGAAAUGAAAAUAUAUAAUGUCCAGGACAUUAUAUAAUGUCGGGCGGAAGCAGGAUGCUGAGUCUGGUUCCCACGGGGGCAGCCUGAGAUGGCGCCUGCGCCUCGGGGGCUGAGGAAGAGGAGUCCUAGCCCCUCAGUCACCCACAAGCGCUUCCUGUCCCUGGAGACCCAGAGAUGCCCUUGCCUUCUGCUCUGAGUUCAGGUGGGGUGUUCUGCUUUAUGGCAUUUGGACAGAACCUGGGAACUCCCUGUCUCUCAUUGUUUAUUCUUUGAUCUCUCCAGUCACAGCCCUGGAACCAUCUUCUCACCCAUCUGCUGCCUCUAGGAUCCCAACAACAGCUAUCUUUGGUGGGUGGCUCCUUACUGCUGACCAAUGAUGACCUCAGAUUUGUGACAGUCAUUCCACUGAGAUGGGGACUGCGGUCAUCUGCUGGUUGACCUUGAACUCACUGUGUAGCCCAGCCUGGCCUUGAAUUCUCGGUGAUCCUCCUGCUUCAGCCUCCUGAGUGCUGAGAUUGCAGGCCACCCGGAGGUCUUCAUAGUGCUGACACGAUGACCGUAUGCAGGCCUGCCAAGGGCAGCCACAGCCAGACAAGAGACCUGAGGUACAGAGUGGCUGACAGGGCGAAGGUGCAAGGUGCCGAGGCCGCCCCUGGAAGGCAGCGGUGCGGGCCCCUGGCCCCGUUCUGGGAGUCCACCCGGAGUCGCCCCUCGGCGGGAGCCCCCAGGACUGCAUCCCCGUCUAGACCUGGUGCUGGAGGCGGCGCUGGAUAUGCGGGGCUCCGGCCGGGCGACUGCAGGUCUGGCCGCCCGGGAGGCUGGCAGGAAGCCGUGGGGAGCCCGGCCCGAGCCCCCCAGCAUUAAGGACAAGAUCUGGCAGUGGGAGGGCAAGAAGAGCGCGGGCACGCAGGAGGAGCCCCGCGCCCCGCCAGCGGAGGAGGCCGAGGCACCGGAGCAGCGGGGCCGCAGCGCGGGCAGAGCCGGGGUGCGCGGGCCGGGGCUCACCUGGCCGGGCCCCGACCCCCGCACGGUGCUGACCCAGGUGCAGAGGCUGGAGCGGGCCCUGCAGGACGGCUCGGCGGGCCUGGACCCACAGCCGCCCGGGACCUGCUACUCGGCCCCCGCCCUGCCUGGCAAGGCGCCGCGCAGCCCCCCGCCCAAGCCCCGCAGGACCUUUGAGCACGCGGGGGACACGGCCGGGAGUCCGGGCCUCAGGAAGCAGAGGGGACGCCACCCGCCGCUGCCACCCCUGCCGCCACUGCCCCUGCCCGCGUCCCCGCCGCCCGCAGCCCUGUGCAGAAGGCGAGGGCCAGCGAGGCCCCGGCCCAGCACUGACCACAGGAAGUCCUAUGAGUUCGAAGACCUGCUGCAGCCCUCCUCGGAGAGCAGCAGGGUGGACUGGUAUGCACAGACUCGGCUGGGCCACACGCGCACUCUCUCGGAGGAGAAUGUGUAUGAGGACAUUCUGGAUCCCCCCCUGAAGGAGAACCCGUACGAGGACAUCGAGCUGCAUGGCCGCUGCCUGGGCAGGAAGUGCGUCUUGACCUCCCCUGCUUCUCCCACCUCCUCCAUCCCUGACACGCCCACCAAGCAGUCACUAUCCAAACCUGCCUUUUUCGGGCAAAAUUCGGAGAAGAAGAACUUCAGACUGCUGGACAUGAGGAAGCUGAGUCGGGAUGGAGCAGUGUCCCCUCCCAAAACCAGUCCACCCUCCACCCCCAGCAGCCCUGAUGACACUACCUUUAACCUCGGAGACCUGCAGAAUGGGAGGAGGAAGAGAAAGAUCCCCAAGCUGGUUUUGCGCAUCAAUGCCAUCUAUGAGGCCCGGAGAGGGAAGAAGCGAGUGAAGAGGCUGUCGCAGUCCACAGAGAGCGGCUCAGGAAAAGUGACAGAUGAGAACAGUGAGUCCGACAGCGACACCGAGGAAAAGCUAAAAGCCCACAGCCAGCGCCUGGUCAACGUGCAGUCCCGCCUGAGGCAGGCCCCUCGCUAUCCAGCCCGUGAGCUUCUGGAGUGCCAGGAGAGGCAGCUCUUCGAAUUCUUCGUGGUUGUGUCUCUGCACAGGAAGCAGGCUGGGGCUGCCUACGUGCCGGAGCUCACCCAGCAAUUCCCGCUGAAGCUGGAAAGGACUUUCAAGUUCACCCGGGAGGCUGAGGACCAGCUGAAGGCCAUUCCGCAGUUCUGUUUCCCUGAUGCCAAGGACUGGACCCCUGUCCAGCAGUUUACCAGUGAGACGUUCUCAUUUGUCCUCACCGGAGAAGACGGAAGCAGACGCUUCGGGUACUGCCGGAGGCUGCUGCCCGGAGGCAAAGGGAAGCGCCUGCCUGAGGUGUACUGCAUUGUGAGCCGCCUGGGCUGCUUCAGCCUCUUCUCCAAGAUCUUGGAUGAGGUGGAGAAGAGACGUGGCAUCUCCCCGGCCCUUGUGCAGCCGCUCAUGAGGAGCGUCAUGGAAGCCCCUUUCCCCGCCCUGGGGAAGACUAUUGUGGUCAAGAACUUCCUGCCAGGGUCAGGCACAGAGGUCAUCGAGCUCUGCCGCCCCCUGGACUCCCGGCUGGAGCAUGUGGACUUCGAGUCGCUCUUCUCCUCGCUCAGCGUCCGCCACCUGGUGUGCGUAUUUGCCUCACUGCUCUUGGAGCGGAGGGUCAUCUUCAUCGCCGACAAGCUCAGCACCCUGUCGAAGUGCUGCCACGCGAUGGUGGCGCUCAUCUACCCCUUCCGCUGGCAGCACACCUACAUCCCCGUGCUGCCGCCCGCCAUGAUUGACAUCGUGUGCUCGCCCACGCCCUUCCUUGUCGGGCUGCUGGCCAGCUCACUGCCGCUGCUCCACGAGCUGCCGCUAGAGGAGGUCCUGGUCGUCGACCUCAUCAACAACCGAUUCCUCCGGCAGAUGGAGGACGAAGACUCCAUUCUGCCCCGGAAGCUGCAGGUGGCCCUAGAACACAUUCUGGAACAAAGGAAUGAAUUGGCCUGUGACCAGGACGGAGGGUCCCCAGACUGUGAGCAUGGCCCCAGGUGCAGCCCCCUGAGCGAAGUGGUGUCCGAGGCCUUCGUGCGCUUCUUUGUGGAGGUCGUGGGCCACUACCCACUGUUCCUGACACCAGGCGCAGGCGAGCGUGAGGAGCGGGCCCUGCAGCGUGAGGCCUUCCGCAAGGCCGUGUCCUCCAAGAGCCUGCGCCGCUUCCUUGAGGUCUUCAUGGAGACCCAGACCUUCCGGGGCUUUAUGCAGGAGCGUGAGCUGUGCCGGCAAGACACCAAGGGUCUGUUUGAGGUCCGCGCCCAGGAGUACCUGGAAACACUGCCUAGUGGGGACCACAGCGGCGUCAACCGGUUCCUGAAGGGACUUGGCAACAAAAUGAAGUUUCUCCACAAGAAGUAGCCUUGCUGAGUCUCAAGGAAAGCGUCCACCUAGUGGCCACGGGUUUCCGCAGUUCCUGGAAGCCUCUUUGAGGAGCUGGGCCCUGGGGUGUCCCAGGGUGGGGACAGAGAACAGAUGGCCCCAGCCAACAGCUCUGCUGUGGAGAUCAACAGGCAACACGUUAUUUUCAUGGUUGGUUUUGGGAUUUGGGGAUUUUUAAUCAUAGCUGUUAAAAAGUGUUUGGUGUUUCCUGUUGUUAUGCCAGGGCCAAGCUCUUUCCCUGGGCCCCCUGUCUGCAGCUCGACCCAGCAGGAGGAGAAGUGAAAGACAGGAGCAAGCACCACUACUCAGGACAGGGGACAGGGGACAGGCGUAGCUGGGUGGGGACAGUCUCCGGUCCUUCUGCUCCUCCCGCUGGGUCGGUGACGCCACCUGGUGGCUGAGGCCACGGACGCCUGUGUUGCAUGGACCAGACUUGCUGGUGGCCUUGUCUUCUGGAAGCCUCUAAGGCUCCCAGCCUGGGACUCAAGGACACUCAUGGGAAGAGGAGACUGAACAGUGUUCAUUCCUGGGGCCUAAAGCUUGUGACACUGAUUGGACCUUUAGCCAUCACCAAGACCACACUGGCAUGCAGACAGAGAGGACAUGGGGAGGCUGUAGUCCUGGCAGGGUGGGGGUGACCUGGUAAGAUGCAGGGACUCUGGAUUGCAGGAGCCGUGGCCACAGUCUGAGAGGCACUGUGGGGCCAGCACUUGGGGUACCCCCAGUGGGUCCCCAUGGAGUGCCAGCAGAACCUGAUGGAAGCACAGAAGUGAGACUCAGACCUCAGUGGUGACACGGCGGGGGGGGGGGGGACCUUGCUGCACAGUGGAGGUUCAGACUUUUCAGAGAGUAGGGGUUACCACCCCAAAAUUAUAGCCAGGGUUGGGGUACCCAUUUCUUUUCCAGAGAAGACCCAGAGUUAAUUUCAGGUUCACAAGAACUCCUCAAAAGUAGGGAGCAGGCUAUGCAUAAACAUUAACAGGAGAAAAGUCAGGCACGGUGGUACACCUGUAAUCCAGCAGGCUGAGGCAGGAGGGUUGCUGAGAGUUCAAGGUUGGCCAGGGCUAUAUGGUAAGUUCAAGGCCCAACUGAAGGACAUAAGGAAACCCUGUCUCAAAACAACAAUAAGAAAAGAAACAUUAACUCAAGGAGCUAUGUGGCAGGGCUCAAGGGAACCUAGAUGAGAACCUGGAGUACGGGGCGCAGGAGUUCAUGUCUAACAAGUUCCCCACAUUUAUUUUAUUAAUGGCAAUUCUGUAUAUUUUUAUAUUGUCCAAAAAUAACCACUCAUUAUUUUGGAAUAUGCUUUUCUUUUCUAACUUAUUUCUUAUUAUAUUGUUUACUUAAGACUUCCACAUGAAUAAAUAUGCAUCUUUAUUAAUAUUCAA